AUGAAAUUUAUUAAGAAAUGUUUGAAAUAUUAAAGACUUCAAUUAUAAUAUUUGAUUGGACAUACGUAAGUAGCAUUAGAAUAGGAAAACAAAUUAUUUUGGACAGUGUGUGAAUUCGUUAGAAUGUUUUAAACAAUUGCUUUAGUUUUACUAUAUAAACAUAUUAUUCGAAUGCUUAAUACUAAUAUAGAAUUUGAUUAACCAUCUUCAAGUUAGGAUAAGGUUGAAUUGUUAUGUAGAAUAACUAUGCCUACUAUUUUGAUAUAAGAAUAUUUAUCCUUAGAACAAAUUAUAUAUUUCUAAUUAAUAUUUUUGGCAUCACUCUUUUUAAUGUUACUUAUCAAUGUUGUAGCAUUAAGAUUGGAGUAUAUACAUUUUAAAUAAAUAAAAUUUCAAAAUAAGCGGACAUUUAACAAAGUAGAUGGGAAUAGUUUUUGUAAUAAUUAUUAACUUAUUAUAUAGAAUCUCUUAAUCUAUUGAAUAGCACAUAUAAUAAUAAUGAUUUUACAGAACAUUUUCUAUUGAAAUAAUUAAUGGGAACUGAUAAUGGAUCACUAAUUGAAUUACAAUUAUUAAGAACAUCAAUAUUAACUAAUUAUUUCACACAUAUUAUGUUUUUACCUUAAAUUUAUUGGGUUGCUAUUAUAUUUUAUAGAAUACAUAAUCAAACAAAUUAUUCAAUUGGACUAUUUAUAUUAAACUUUACUCUCAAUUCAAUUUAAUUACUUUUUCUUAUAAUAUUAGAAACAUUAUCAUUAUAUAUGUAAUAAUCCUAUAGACUUAAAGAUACUAAUUAUUUGAGAUUGAGAAUAACUACUUCAUUUAAAAUAGGUUAGAUGUUAAGGAUUAUUCCAACUUUAAUAUAUUUUAGUGUACUUUAUAUAGUAGAUCCUUUAGCAAUUUAUAAUAAUUUAGUAUUUGAGUAAGUAUUAUCAUGUUUUGGAAUAUUAAAUUUGAUUUUUGAUCUUUAAGAUUAAUCUUUUAAUAUUCCAUUUGUUUAACCUUAUAAAAUCUAUGUAUUUCAUUUAGCAUUUUCAUUGGCUUUUUGUUUAUCAUUUUUAAAAUUAAUCUAAUUAAAUAUUAAUGAUAUAAUAACAUUGUCUAUGAUGAUAUCUCCUUGUAUGUGUAAAAUGCUUAAUUAAUUGACAGACUUUAAUUUUAAGAAAAUAAUAACUCAUACAUUACAUCCAGAGAAUAUUCCACCAAAAUAAAAGAUUUUGAAAAGAAAUUCAUAAUCAAUGACUAAAUCACUUAUUGUUAAUGAUGAUGUUCAUUAAAUUGAAAGACAAAUUUGUUUAUAGAAAUUAGAAUAAGUGAGUAUGAUUAGACUUACAAAUUAUAAGUAUUUUCUACAAUUCUUACGUCUAUAUGAAUUAUUGUGUAUAAAUUAAUAACAUGUUUAUUAAACAACUGAUGUUUUUAAUCCUAAUAAAUCAAAGUUUUUAAUGCAAUGUUUUAUAUUAAUAAAAACUCAUGUUGAAUUAUGUAAUAAUUUGUACUGUUUUUGUAGAGGAUUUUGGGGAGAGAAAAAGCAAACUCUCUCUUUAAAUAUAUAAAAAUAAGAUAUGAAAAUAUUCUCUGAUUAUACUUGUAAGGGUUUAACAAUUUCUAUAGAUUUAAUAGAUAGAUAUAUUAGAUAUUAUAUUAAACUUAUUUUAAAUAUAGAAAUUUAUGUUACAUAACCUAAUUUAACAUAUAUUGCUUAACUAAUUAGUUUUUUAAGUAAAUCAGAAGAAUCAUUAUAAGCAUGGUUAUAAGUUAUGGAAGUUAAAUUAUAAUUACAAGAAUAAAAAAAACCAUUUGAUGAAAUAACUACUAAUCUAAUAAUAAGUUAUUCUAAAUAUUAAACAUUAUUUAGAGCUUAAUUUUAUUUGAAUGAUAAAUCUAUAAAGAAAACUAUUUUAUAUGGAGAUUAUAGGAAUACUGAAUUAUAGAGAAGUCUAUUAAUACAUAAAUUAAUGUAAUGUUUGGAUGUAAAGAAGAGUUAUUUAAUCAAAUUAGGCAAUAAUAAAUAAUCAUAUGAAGAAGUUUAAUAACUUUAUAUUGAAUCAAAUUCUUAUUUUCUCAAAUUAUAAAAUGAAUUAUAAGAAUUUCAUGAUCAAUCAUAAUGUAGAACUUCUUGUUUACUUAUGAUGUUAUAUUAUGUUGAAGUUCGUUGUGAUUACAUACAAUUUUAGAAAUAUAAAAAUGUAUUUUAUAUAUAUAUAUUUUUAGUAUCUUAGAACUAAAGACAUUAAGUUUUUUGAAUACCCUAUUAUUUUUAAUGCUCCAUAAAAUAUAUGUUAUCUUAAAGUAAAUUUAUCAAGAUUUUCAAAACAUAAAUGUAGAGGAGAAAUCUUAGCAAGAUCAGAAAAUUCAUUUAAAUUUUUUGGUUUUGAAUCUAAAGAUGAUUUUCUACGUUAAAGAGUUACUGUUCAUGAAUUAGUACCACCUUUGAUAUCAUCAGUGCAUAAUACUAUUAUUGAAUUAUUUCUAAUGAGUAAUCGACCUAAUGUUAUAAGAAAGGAACGUUAUCUUAUAGCUGAAAAAACCAAUUAAGAAAUUGUUUUCGUUGAAAUGUUUAUUGAUUUAUGUUUUGUUAUUACUGGUACUGAAUUUCCUGUUUAUUGUUUUAUGCAAGAAAUUAAACCUAUUGGAAUCUUUGAAAAUAUAAGGGGACAUAUAAUUGUUGAUGAUUAUGAAAUCAUAUAAGGAAUAAGUUCAUUAGCUUAUCAAUCUUUAUUUUUAGAUUCACCAAGUGAAAUAUGCAAUAAAGAGAUAUCAGAAUUUUAUGGAGAUUUUACUGAAAAUGCAUAAAGAUUAAAUCAAAUGAUGGAUACUAAAACAAGUAGAUAUAGAGGAAUGACUUAAUCAGUAGUUAGUUAAUAAGGUGGUAUUUAAUAAAAAGAUACAAAUUCAAUUUAUAAUCAUUAUAAAUUAAAAUUGGAAGAUCAAUUAUUUAUUAUGAGUGAAUAGGAUAAGUUCUUUAUUGAUAUGACAAUUACAUUAACAUAUGGAAUUAUAAAUGGAAAAGUUUCAAAAGUAUUGUUAUUUAUUUAUAUUAUAUUUUAAAUAGUACUAUGUCAUUGAGUUUAAUAAAGUUUAAUAAAUUGAUAUUACCGAAAAUAAUGAAUCUAAUUAAACCAAUAGUUUGAAAAGUAGUGUUAAGUAAUCUUAAUAUACACAAAGAACUAAUACAUUAUAUGACAUCUAAGACAAUGAGAAAAGAAGUAGUGAAGGAUCUAUAAAAUUAUAGAAAUAUUCAUUUCCAUAAAUUAAUGAAUAAUGUAUUACAGUUUCAUAAAAUUAAAUGUAAGGAUUAAAAUAAGAAUAAUCUGAUGAUAAAAUUAACAUUUAAAAAAAAUAAGAAAGAAAAUCUAAAUUUUUUAAUUUUAAAGGAGUUGCAAGAAAAUCUGAUUCUAAUGAAUAAUUUAAUAAUGAUCAUAAUUCUGGAUCUUCUAAUCAUAUAGCAUCUGCAACAUCAUAAAAAUAAUAAUUAGAUGUUUAAAAGUUUCUUUCAAAAGGUAUGUAAUAUUAAGAAUUCUCUAAUUCUGAUUAUGAAAAAAUCAUAUUUGUAAUACAUUUAAUAAAUGCAUUAAUUCUAGGAAUCAUAUUAGUAUUUUUGUUACUUUAUUAAUUGAAAUUUAAAACUUAAGCAGAAUCAAUAAUUCCUACUAUUUAAAUUUUAUAAGCAUUUAUAACAACUGAUUACACAGAUAAUAUUUAAUUAUCCUUAAUGUAUAAUAAAUAAAAAGAAAUAAGUUAAUAAGAUUAAUAUUAUCAACAUUUAUAAAGAUUAUUAAUAAAAGAUGCUAAAAAUUAUUUAGUUUAUUAAAAGAAUUAUUUUUUAAAUUAAUAAAUCUAAAAUGUAUUUAGUGACACUUAAGUAAAACAUGAAAAUGAACAGGAUACAAGUGCUUGGAAUGCAGCUUUUUAUAUUCUAUAUAAUCAACUUGAUUUUAUAUAAGAUCAGAAUUAAAAUCAAACAGAUUAAUUACCUACAUAUGUAAAUCUAUUAUUAGACUUUCCUUAUCACAAAACUGCUUAUGAAAAUAUUAAUAAAGAAUUUAGUGAAUUUGUUUAAUUGUCUAUUGAUAAUUUUUCAAAUUCUUAAAAAGCACUUAUAAUUAUAUUAAUAGUCUUAAGUAUUAUUAUUUCAUUUAUCUCUUUAAUUGUGUAUCAUAAUUAUUUUAAAUAUAUGAAAAAGAUAACUAGAUGUAGUGAAUAAGUUUAAUUUGAUGCAUUAGAAUCAGAAAUUAAUAUCUGUGCAACAAUCUUAACUAAUAAAUAAGUAUAUAUAUAUAUAUUAUAAUUUAGAAAUUAUGUCUUUAUGAUUAUAGAAUGGACUUUACUGCAAAUUUUGAUUUUCGAUAACAUCAAGAAGGUCAAACUCAUUUUUCUAGUUAUAAAGUGAUUAAUAGUUCAUAAAAUAAUACAAAACGAUCUCUUAAUUUUACAGAUGAGAUUUCACUUAAAAGAGCUUUAAGUUUUUUAUAUCCUUUAUUUUGUUUAUCUAUUACAUUAAUCUAUUUAGGAUUAACAUAUUUGGAUACAGAGAAUGUUAUGUCAGGUUUAUAAAAAGAUAUUACUUUAUAUAACCAAGGCAUAUUAUUUUAAGAAUAGUUUUCUUUAUUAUGUAUUAGUAGUAUUUUGUAAGAGAAUAGAGAGUAUUUAAUCUAAAAAAAAUAUAUCUCUGAAUCAUAAUUGUAAUAAUAUUAUGAAUAUAUAUCACCUUCUAUUGUUACUACUCAAUAAUUGAGUAAAAUCAUUCGACUUCCAACAGGUAUUAGAAGUGCUGAAGUUAUAGACUCUUUAUCUAUUAACAUAUGUAGUAUUUUUUUAGAUUAGAUUGAUGUUGAAUUAUGUGAAAGAUUAGAUUAAGGAUUAUUGUAGAAUGGUGUAUUGGAGUCUACACAAUUUUAUAUUAUUUAGUAUAGAAAUAAUUAUGAACUUAAUUAUUAAGAUAGUUUAGAUUAUAGUACAACAGAGGAUAUUGUCUCAAUUAAUUUUAUUAUAAAAGGAAUCACUAAUUAUAUUAAUAAAUCAAAAUAAAAUUUAGAAUAAUAUAUAGAGGAUUAAAUUGAUAUAAAAAUGAACUGGUUUAUAUUCAUUUUUACAUUGACAAUUAUUUUGCAAAUAAUUUUAUCAAUUUUAAUUUCAUAAAAUUUAAAAUUGAGAUUAAAAUCUUUAAAAUAAUUAAUAUAUUUAUUACCUCGUGAUACUUUAUAUGCAAGUGAUAGUUUUAUGAAAACACUUAAUUAUGUUUAAAGACAUUAAAAUGAUUUAUGUUAAUGA